CACCCCCAGUCCUCGAGUCCUCACCCCUGUCGCCGCGCGGCCCCCAGGGGCAGCCAUCUACAAAACCGGCCAAGCUGUCGGACCGGUCGCCAUCUCCACCCUCUGACCAGUGGCUUGGAAAAAUAUAUCUGGCUGAUGUUCUCAGAGUCCCGAAGGCAGGACCGAGUGGGACGGCGGCUCCCCCGGGAUCCCAAGGCCGUCUACCUCCCUUCUACCCCUCCCCUGACUCCACCUGAGGGCUCUGGAACAAAGGCGCUUUGUACUGCCGCAAACACGUCAUUCGACUUCAGGACUGGGACCGCGUGGGACCCCAGCCCAAAAUGAAGGAGUGGAGCAGAAAGCGACAGAUGCCAACCCCAGACUAGGCAUCUAGCACGCCACCUAAGGGAGGGAAGGGAGUUGUCCCAGAAGGUGCUCUGUUCCUUCCCCUCGUACUAUCUCUAGAUGUGCAAAGAAAAGGGGGUAAUGUAUGAAGGUAGCUGGACAGGCUUUGCACUCCCUAUCUGGGCAAAGGUUGUGUGACCCUAUUUAAAAUCUGCGAAAUUGCUAAUAAGGCUUUCUUUCCGUACUAAGGCAGACACGAAACACUCGACCUCCCUGAAAAUACUCUUAGUGGAGUAUCUCUUUUCUCCCUACCCCCUCGCCACUUCGCUGGCUUGGCUUGCUGCGAUGCACAAAGGGUUAACCACUGUCGGCUCCGAAAGGAAAGAGGAGACGCGCUACCAUUGGUGCAAAGUUAUCCAGGGGCGGGGCCUUUGAGUCUCCGCACCCCCACCCCCCUCCCUCAGCUCCCUUCCUCACUUUGUACUUCUCCAUCCCGGACUGUGGAGCGGGCCGGGACCGGCAGGGCCAGACCAGACCCGACCCUAGGGGCGAUGCGGCUACUGCCCCUGCUGCAAACUGUCCUCUGGGCCGCGUUUCUCGGCUCCCCUCUGCGCGGGGGCUCCAGCCUUCGCCACGUAGUCUAUUGGAACUCCAGUAAUCCCAGGCUACUGCGAGGAGAUGCCGUGUUGGAGCUGGGCCUCAAUGAUUACCUAGACAUUUUCUGCCCCCACUAUGAAGGCCCAGGCCCCCCUGAGGGGCCUGAGACAUUUACUUUAUACAUGGUGGACCGGCCAGGCUAUGAGGUCUGCCAGGCAGAGGGGCCAGGUGCCUUCAAGCGCUGGGUGUGCUCCCUGCCCUUCACCCAUGUUCAGUUCUCAGAGAAGAUUCAGCGCUUCACACCCUUCUCCCUUGGCUUCGAGUUCCUGCCUGGAGAGACAUACUACUACAUCUCGGUGCCAACUCCAGAGAGUCCUGGCCAGUGCUUGAGGCUCCAGGUGUCUGUCUGCUGCAAGGAGACGGACCCUCCCUGCCACCUCAAGGAGCCAGAGCCUUCCCAAGAUCUACAGGAGGAGGGGUCCCUAUCGUCUGCACUGGGGGUGCCAAUCCAGACAGAUCAGGUAGAGCAUUGAUGGAGGAGGUCAGAAGGUCUGAGGUGACCCUUGCAAGUGCUUGCCCCCUCAUCACAGGCUAAAGAGGAGCUGCAGACAGCCCUGGAAACCCUGGAGCAAAGGCAAGACAAGGAUGGGGGCUUUGUAGGCUGCUUGGACGGUCUCGUCCCCUGAAAGACUGGGAUUUGGUGGGAUCAAAUCCUUGAGCCAGCUGGGGACCAAGGCUGAAGACCCAGGGAUAGGUAGAUUGCUGGACCUGCCAUCUGUGCCCUGUGAACCUCUUCCCGGGGGCAGCACCUUGCCCUCCCAGGGGGGGGUCACUCACUUGUCUUCUAUGAAGAUGGACUUGUCAUGAGGUAGAAUUUCAUGCCAAUUUGUAUUUUUAUAAGUGUCUAGACCAAACCUUCAAUAAACCACCCAUCUUUUUGUUACUUUCUCCA